GACACUUGACAUUUAUUUUUAGAAAUAUCGAAGUACAAAAGAAAAAAAAUAUACGAAUAAAGAAAAUUAACACCCAUAUUGUAAAAUAUUUUAAAGGAUUAUAUUUGUGUUGAGCGAGCAAAUACAUGAAAUAAUAAUAUUUGCAAUAAAUCAAAAACCUUUGCUAAAAACAACAACAAAACAUAUGACGGUUUUAAGGGUUGCACCAAAAAAACUGCAAAAUAGAAUCAUAUGUUGAGUUUCUGUGAGUCAACAGAUAUGCGCCAAUCAAAUAAUACUUUGUUAUACAACCAUGAACGUACUAUCUAAAUAUUUUAAACAGUUUUCGUGGAAAAAGUAUGGCACCAACAUUAUGAACGAUUCAAAAUAUUUAUUUUCCAAGCUGAAAAAUAUGAUGAAUGUGUUUUACAUGUUGUUUCUAAUAUUUUGCUCUACAAGUAAAGUCCUUACGACCAUCACUAUUAACAAAAUAGUUGUACGAAUACCUAAGCUGAACGACAUUGGUUUAAUAUUUGAUUUGACUGUUACGAAUUCACCAUGUACAGAUAAAGAAACCUUGGAAUUUCGAAUACGUUCUGAUGGCACAUGCAAUGUAAAUGUAACAGAAAAAGAAACCAUGAAAAAUGUUGGUCGUGUAGUAGGAGGGAACUUUGGUUUUAUUGAAUCAGGAGCAAUUGAUGUAGUUUCUCUGAUUUGGCCAACAGUGUCUUUAUUUAAUCGAGUUGGAUCCUGCCCUAUUAUUGUUUCAUCCAAAAAUGCUCGAGGUAAAGAGAAACGUCAGAAACUUUCCAUACAUUUUGACACACGCUUUACAACACUUGAUCCCGACGGUCGUACACUGAGAAAAAGGCCUGAUUAUAGAGAUUGUAAUAAUUGGGAUAAGGAGUACCUAAAAAACUGCACUCCCGUAAAUUGUGCAGAACGUUAUUUUGGUCAACGUAAUUUUUAUAAUAAGACCACAGAACAUUGCGAAAAGGUACCUCGCUGUGACAAACCAAAUAUGCGAUACGAUUUUUAUUAUAACGAUUGCUUGGAUGUUAACAACUUUUUUACUGCUGAAGAUAUGAAAAAGAUACGACGCGGCGAUUUCGUAGAUGAAUGUGAACAAGAAGAGUUUGGAAAAGCAGAGCAACCGAUCAACGCCAAAAAUAACUCAUGCGAUACAAAGGCACAGACACAACAACAAAAGGAGGAAUGUAAGAAGCAACAAACACCACACGGUAGUACGAAACGAGCUGCCGAUGCUCUCGAUGAGGAAUUCAACUAUUUUAUGCAUUCGAAAUUUAUUAAUCCAAAUGAUGACGAUGAUUCAGAGAUUGUAAAAGAAGACAUUAAGACUGAAAAUGAUUAUAUACCAUAUUGGUUGAAGGGUAUAUUGGAAGGUUUACUGGUAGCUGGUGCUAUAAUCUUAUUGCAGGUUUUCGCUACAGUCGCCAUUUAUAUACUCAUAUGUUUUGUUAUAUUUCUUAUUGUAACAUGGAUAUCACGCCGUCAAUACAAAUACAAUACAAACAAUACAUGCAUAUUGCGUUCACCAGCACCAUCGGAGGGUACAGAGGAGCCGCUGUUAACCCCAUCUAGUUUGUUAUCGCAGCGUAGAUGAGAAUUUAUAAAUAAUUAUACGUUUAUGUUUAUGCUUAUAUGUAUGCAUAUUUAUUGUAUAAAUGUAU